CGCCCCCUCCCUUUGCACUGGGCCUCUGGAAAAAGCCAUGAAUUUUGAAUUUGAGAGGGAGAUAGGCUUCAUAAACAGCCAGCCAUCGCUAGCGGAGUGUCUGACGUCCCUUCCCGCUGUCCUGGAGACAUUUCAAACUUCAUCAAUCAAGGAACCACCGACGUUAAUUCCUCCUCCUCUGGAAGAAACCCUCCUCGGCUUGGAUCCUCGUUCCAGCAGCCAGCCUACGCCGAGGAGCCAAAAGAGAGCGCGGCAUGGGCAGGCCCAGAAAGCCACGCUCCAGCCUUCCGCCCUGGGUGGAGAAUUCCCCUGGAUGAAGGAGAAGAAAUCCUUUAAGAAAGCCCACCCGGUUCCUGCCUCUUCGUCUCCCUCCUCUUCCGUGCCUGGAUUUGCCGCCGCUUCUCCUGCAGACGCGCAGGGCUCUUUAGACCCCAGCGAGAAAGCUGCUCGGCGGCUGAGGACGGCGUACACCAACACGCAGCUCCUCGAGUUGGAGAAGGAGUUCCAUUUCAACAAAUACCUCUGCAGACCCCGCCGGGUGGAGAUCGCGGCUUUGCUGGACUUGACGGAAAGGCAAGUGAAGGUUUGGUUCCAGAACCGUCGGAUGAAGCACAAGAGGCAAACGCAGCACAGCGCAGACCCCGCCGAAGGGGACCAAGGCAGCAGCCAAGAAGCGGGGGAAGCCGAGGACGGCAGCUCUUCCCGCGGAGGAGCGCGGCAGAUGCCUGGUCCCUACCCACCGGGCCGCAGCCGUAGCAGAGAGGCCCGGAGCGCCCUAGCGCCUUACCCGACGCCCAGCCAGGGCGGAGCUCCGGCCGCGGAGCCCGGCGGGACGGCGGGCGCUCGCCUCACCUCCUCCUGCUCGUCGUCCUGCUCGUCGUCCUCGCCGGGUGACGCGUUCCCCGAAAGCCAGAGGUCUCCUUUGUUGCCGCUGGACCCGGGCGCCUUCCCGGCGAACUCCUGCCCGCCGGCCGCGGGAGAGCUUUCGCCCGGCCUCCAGGGCUGCGCAGAUAGCCCCGCGAGCUUCUCCCUGGAAGACCUGGACUUUUUCACCAGCACGUUGUGUUCGUUGGAUCUGCCCCAUUUCAAUUUCCAGUAACCUCUCGCACCCUUUCCCCGUUUAUUAUCUGCCUUGGGCGAUCCGCCCCUAUAAAUAAUACAGAGAAGUGUAUGCACACACCACCCCUAGUUAAGCCCAGCCAUUUCAAACUACCGCUAAUCUCCCCCCUUUGACCACCGCCCUCCCGUUUUCUCUCGGUGCUCCGUUGGGGAAAAAUGUUUCCUUGGAGAGAAAGGUGUAUCUCUUUAGUGAAAUUGUCGCGUUAAAUGAUUUCGGUCAUUUUUUUUUUCCAAAGGGAAUUUAUGCUUCAAUAAAAUUUGGAUUUUCCUUUAUGCCCCCCACUCCCCAAAUGCGUGGUGGGGCGAUUCGGGUCAAGUUGGUGCCUAGGUGAUAAAAAUGCAAAAUGUUGUGUAAGGAAGUUUUUAUUUUUGAGCUCAAGAAAAGAUGCUCUUUAGACUUUGAAACAUUUCAAGAACCGGAUUUUCUCCUCUCCCACACCCCCAUUUCGACUAAGCAGACAUUAACAUGCAAAACAAGAAGAAAAUGUCCAAGGACUGUCUUUUUAAUGAAAUUCUCAGGAACCAAAACAAGACAUUUAGAUGUCUUAAUUUAAAAACGAACAAA